AUGACAAAAAAAGAUAAGAAAAAGUCUACAUCAGGUACCAAUUUUUUUAAACCUAACAAAAAGAAGAACAGUUUUGGUUUGCCAAAGAAAAGAGAAGACAAAGAACAGGAACAUGGUAGCAGUAGUAAUGUUAAUGUCCAAGCUACUGGAAAUGUUAUUAAUAUAGUGAAUUCCCGAGAUGUACACUGGGGAAAUGAAAUAGUGUAUUAUAUGGGCCCAACCAAUGUUCAACAAAAGCAACAAAGCAAUGUAGAAAAUAUUGAAAAGAGUAACAUUAUUGUAUUGAUUAUGGAAGCUGAAAUUAAACCUAAUCAUGAAUAUAUUGACUACAUUUCGAAGAAUCUAGGAAAGGACUGGCACCCUAUCUUCAUAUCCUUGGGUUAUAGUAAAAAUAGAAUUGAAACUUUCGAAAUAGAUGAAGCUGGAAGAGGUAUAUCAGAGGUGCGUUACAAACUCCUAUUGGAUUGGGUGCGUAAUGAUGAAGAUGGAACUUUGGGUAAACUUACAAAGCACUUGUGGGAAGAAGGGGAAAGGCAACUUGUCAAGGAACUAGCCAUAAUGUACAAACAUGAUAAAAAA